GAGAGAGGGAGAGAAGCAGGAGGAGAAGGAAUUUCCCCACUAGUGCGGUGUGGUAUGGAGCGGAGUUCGUACUCUCUGUGCAGACACAGCGCCCAGGCGGGACUUUGAAACGCGUCUAACAAGCCCCCGGCGACGGAUUUCCCUGCUUUAUUAUGUUUGUUUUCCCAAAGGGGGCUGCCAGGACUCGGAGCGUCAAAUAGAUUAAAACUGUCCUCCGAAAGGAGGAAUGCCCGCUCCUGAGCUGAGCCCCAUGUCGGAGGAGGGACUUCUGCUGCCAAUCAAAGAUCAAUUAGCCAAUCACAACAUGGAGUCUGAGAGCACUGCCAAUAAUAUCCUGGCUUCUGUCAAAGAACAAGAGCUCCAGUUUGAGAGGCUGACCCGGGAGUUGGAGGUGGAGCGACAGAUCGUGGCCAAUCAGCUGGAACGAUGCCGACUGGGGGCGGAGUCACCGGGAGCUGCGAGUGGCAGCAGUUCUUCUGAGAAGUCCCUUCACUGGAGACCUACAGAUGUGUCGAGCGCAGCCGAUGCCAAGCCUGUCAGGGAGCAGCUGUCACUGUGCUCGCCGGAGCAGAGCUCUCUGCACGAAAGUGAGGAGUCUGUCGGGAACUCGCGCAGUUCCACUCAGAUGAACUCGUACUCAGACAGCGGCUACCAGGAUGCAGGCAGCUACUACGGCAGCCAAAAUGUCGGGAGGACGGAGGUGCGGCUGCCGCACUCGUACCCGGGCGGCGGUCCUGCUGCGAGCGCCACGCUCAUAAGGAACUCCAGGGCAGAGGGCCAGGCUUCCACCCAGAUGACAGGAGCCGUUGGUGUCGCGAUCCCGGGACGGGCCAUGAGGCGUGUCUGCUCUGUGCCAUCCAGGACACAGUCACCAGCCUACAGCACUAGCAUCUCUCCCUCACGUGGGUCUCUGCGGGCGUCUCCAGGCAGCGGCUACGGGUCACCCAUCGUGACCGAGCCCAAGCCCCUGCCCAGCAUCUUCUCCACCAGCACCCUGCCCAACUCCCAGCGGGCCAGCUCUCCGUUCUCUGCACAAAGGAACUCGCCCUCCACCCUCCGCAGGGUGGGCUUGGGCACGAGCGCCAGCCGUACCACCUCGCCCUACUCCGCACGUCUGGGCUCGCCGCUCGGCGGGGCGGGGGACGAAGGUCAAGCAGCAUCGGGUUCGUCUCCGGUGCCAACAGGGAUGACGGCCGUGCCACAGCAUUAUGGGUCGACACUGCCGAGGACGCUGCUGCACGAGGGCUCCGAUCCCUACAGCACACACUCGUACGAGAUCUAUGAGAGGAUGGUGCCACGUCCGGACAGCUUGGCAGGUCUGCGAUCAUCCUUCUCAAGUCAACACAGUCAUCACGGAGCAGAUCCACGCUCCACCGUGAGUCCGGACCGCCAUAUCGGACCCAUUUACGAAGACCGAGCGUUCCACGGGCCUCUGUACCGCAGCCCAAGCCACGUCACACACUCGCCCAUCUACAGAUCGCCUUCAGCUGUGGGAACCCUGCAGAGGAGCUCCAGCCAGCGCAGCAACAUGACAUACCAAAGAAGCAACAACUACACAGCGGUGACGUACUCAGACCCGUACCGGACCGGCCCGUACAGAGCCACUGACGCUGGCUUUACCCGGCAUGCCAUCGGCAUCGACGACGGAGCCCUUCGCUCUCCCUCCAUCGACAGUAUUCAGAAAGACCCCAGAGAGUUUGCCUGGAGAGACCCAGAGUUGCCAGAGGUGAUUCACAUGCUGCAGCAUCAGUUCCCCUCUGUGCAAGCCAAUGCUGCAGCUUACCUACAGCACCUGUGUUUCGGAGAUAAUCGCACCAAGGCAGAGGUGUGUCGGCUGGGCGGAAUCAAGCACCUGGUGGAUCUGCUGGACCACAAGGUUGUGGAGGUUCAGAAGAACGCAUGUGGCGCUCUGAGGAACCUGGUGUACGGAAAAGCCACCGACGACAACAAGAUCGCCGUGAGAAAUGCGGGGGGCGUGCCAGCUCUGCUCCGCCUCCUGAGAAAGACUGUGGACGCAGAAGUACGAGAGAUCAUCACAGGGGUCUUGUGGAACUUGUCCUCCUGUGACGCUGUCAAGAUGACAAUCGUCCGCGAUGCCUUAACAACUCUUACCAACACUGUGAUCAUUCCCCACUCGGGCUGGAGCAGCUCGUCCUACGACGACGACCACAAGCUCAAAUUCCACUCGUCACUCGUGCUGCGCAACACCACCGGCUGCCUGAGGAACCUGAGCUCGGCAGGAGAGGAGGCCAGGAAGCAGAUGCGCUGCUGCGAAGGGCUCGUCGACUCGCUCCUCUACGUCAUCAAAGCCUGCGUCAGCACCGCCGACUUUGACAGCAAGAUUGUGGAGAACUGUAUUUGCACUCUGAGGAAUCUCUCGUACCGGUUGGAGCUGGAGAUGCCGCCUUCACGGCUGAUAGAUAAUCAGGAGACGGAUGGGUUGCUAGGGUCAGAGUCACCCAGUAAAGAGGCAGACUACAGCUGCUGGGGGAGGAAGAGGAAGAAAAAGAGGAAGAGUGUACAGGAGGAGCAGUGGGAUGGUGUGGGGCCGAUCCCCGGUUUCUCCAAGUCUCCUAAAGGUGCUGAGAUGCUGUGGCACCCUGCCGUGGUGAAGCCUUACCUCACGCUACUGGCCGAAAGCUCCAACCCUGCGACACUCGAGGGCGCUGCUGGCUCACUGCAGAAUCUUUCAGCUGGCAACUGGAAGUUCUCAGCUUAUAUCCGUGCCGCAGUACGUAAGGAGAAAGGUUUGCCCAUCCUGGUGGAGCUGCUAAGGAUGGACAACGACCGUGUGGUGUGUUCUGUAGCCACAGCGCUCAGGAACAUGGCACUGGACGUGAGAAACAAGGAGCUGAUCGGAAAGUACGCAAUGCGGGAUUUAGUGAACCGUCUGCCUGGAGGAAGCACCACGCAGCUCUCCGACGAGACGGUGGCGGCCAUUUGCUGCACGCUCCACGAGGUUUCCAGCAAAAACAUGGAGAACGCCAAAGCUCUCGCCGACACGGGAGGCAUCGAGAAACUCGUCAACAUCACCAAGGGACGUGGAGAGAGUAGGUACUCGAUGAAGGUGGUGAAGGCUGCAGCGCAGGUGCUCAACACACUGUGGCAGUACAGAGACCUGCGCACUAUCUACAAGAAGGAUGGCUGGAAUCAGAAUCACUUCUUGACUCCGGCGUCUACACUGGAGAGAGAGCGCUUCAAAUCUCAGCCCACAAUACCCUCAAACUCUCUGCAGAUGUCUCCUGUCAAUAAGACAGCGGGCAGCACCACCUCGUCUCCUGCCGUGUUGGGGAUUAAAGAGCAGUGCUCUGACUAUCAGAGGACACAGCCACCUAUGCAAUUUUAUAACCACCAAGGAGACAGCAGUGCGCAUAAAACCCCAUACACAGGGUCAGUGAAAUCCUCUCCAUUUUAUCUCAGCUCUUACUCCUCACCCAGCAGAGAUGACUCCAGGAGAGGCCAGCAGCAGAUAUUCUACGCAGAUGAGACUGGAUGGAGGGGCUACGAGCCAUAUCGGACGUACGCGCAGUCCCCGCAGGGAUACAGCGACCCGUACCUGGAGGAGACGGUGCAGUACUCAGCUACAGACUACCCCACACAGCCUCACACACUCAAAGCCACCACCAACUAUGUGGACUUUUACUCCAGCACACGCAGAGCCUCGUACCGCACUGAACAGUACCCGGGCUCGCCAGACUCCUGGGUAUAGAGACACGACAUCAUCACCAGACCUACAGCACCCUCAGUACUGUGUGUGAUUUGAACAGAGAUGGACUCUGAAUGUGGCUGAUGUGAAAAAUGAAAAGAGCGAACGAUUUGCCAAAGAAGGAAAAGAAGCAAAGUGUGUGUUUUUAUCCAUGACGGUAGAAAGAAAGUGAAAUCGAGGGGUGUGUGUGUGUGAGAGAGUAAGAGAGAGAAUAGCAAGACUUCUGCUCUGAGUUUAUUUUAUUAUGGCUGUGCAUGUGACGGUGGCCUGAGGAGGAGAAAGAAGAUUGUGGUGUGCAGAAAAGUUUGCGUUAGAGAAUCAGACCGGGAAAUGUGUAUGAACUUAGACUGAAAUCAUUCAUGAACUUAUAAAUGUAAAAAAAAAAAGAAAAAAAGAACUAAUGAUAAUAACAAUGAUAAAAAAAUGAUCUUAGCUUAAACAGUGGGAACAAAAGUGUACACGUACUUCUUGUUGAGAUUGUGAAUGCCACUGAGUCUUGUACAUUUCCUUCAGAACACUGUAAAUACAGAAAAGAAAGAAAACGCAGUGCCACAUUAAAGAGAUGUAGAAAUCUAUAAAUAUACUGAACUAAAAGCAGAAGGCUGUUGCCUGGCACCAUGAUACUACAGUCUAUCUGAAGUAAUAAAAAGUCAUCUUUGUUUUUUAUAAA